GCGUGACUUUGUGCAAAGAAUGGUGGACAGGUUGAACGUGUCAGACGGGAGAGACCGUGUGUCGGUAGUCCAGUUCAGCAGAGAUCCAGAGGCCCAUUUCUAUCUUAACACGUACACAACAAAGGAGAGCGUUCUCAACACUGUUAGAGGUCUACGGCACAGAGGGGGGGCGACCCCUCAAUACAGGAGCAGCUCUCCAGUAUGUGAGGGACAACGUCUUCACUGCCUCUUCCGGAAGCAGACGUCAAGAGGGUGUGCCUCAGUUACUGAUUUUGUUGAGUGGCGGAAGGUCGUUUGAUAACGUUGACAUGCCAGCCUCUUCCCUGAAGGAGCUUGGAGUCUUGACCUUUGCUGUAGGAUCACGGGGCUCCGAUAGUAGAGAAUUGCAGAAGAUCUCACAUGACCCUAGUUCUGCACUCUCAGUGACAGACUUUGCUAAUCUCCCCAGUGUCCAAGAGCAGCUUUUCUCCAGAAUUAAAACCGUACACGUAGAGACCACAACUGUCUCUCCAACACUGAUAGUUGAGCCUGAAGCACAAAGGAGAGAUGUUGUUUUCCUGCUGGAUGGGUCAGAUGGCACUCGCAGUGGGUUCCCUGCGAUGAAGGACUUUGUGCUAAGAGUGAUGGAGAAGUUGAAUGUGGCUGAGAACAAAGACCGUGUUUCUGUAGUCCAGUUCAGCAGAGAUCCUGAGACACAUUUCUAUCUAAACACGUACACAAGAAAGGAUGACAUAGUUGACACGGUUAGUGUUCUGAGGCACAAAGGAGGAAGACCCCUGAACACCGGGGCGGCUCUCCAGUACGUCAGAGACAAUGUCUUCACUGCCUCCUCCGGCAGCAGACGACUAGAGGGUGUGCCACAAAUACUGAUCCUUCUGAGUGGCGGAAGGUCAUUUGACAAUGUUGAUGUCCCGGCCUCUGCUCUGAAGGAUCUGGGGGUCUUGAUAUUCACAAUAGGAUCACGAGGCUCUGACAGCAGAGAACUGCAGAGGAUUUCACAUGACCCUAAAUACGCUCUGUCUGUGUCCGAUUUCACUGAGCUCCCAAAUGUCCAGGACCAGCUCGUCAACACUGUAGAGGCUGUUGCCGUUCCCAUCACUCCAGCAUCACCAACUCCCAUCGUUGAUUAUGACAUCACCAGAAAGGAUGUUGUUUUCCUGCUGGAUGGUUCAGAUGGCACUAGAAAUGGAUUCCCAGCCAUGCUUGACUUUGUGCAAAAAGUAGUUGAAAAACUCAACAUAGAGGAGAGCCGGGACCGCGUUUCAGUGGUGCAGUACAGUAGAGAUCCUGAGGUCCAUUUCUAUCUAAAUACUUACUCAGAAGAGACAGACGUCCUCGACACCAUCAAGACGCUAAGGCACAGAGGUGGCAGACCCCUCAACACUGGGUCAGCUCUGCAGUAUGUGAGAGACAAUGUCUUCACUGCCUCUGCUGGCAGUAGAAGUCAACAGGGUGUCCCUCAGAUUCUCAUUUUGCUCAGUGGAUCAAGGUCAAAUGAUAAUGUCGAUACGCCUGCCUCUGCUUUGAAAGAAAGUGGGGUCUUGAUUCUUGGUGUUGGCACCAGGAAUUCGAGCAGAGAGAUUCAGAGAAUUGUCAGUGAUCCUUCCUAUGCUCAGUCUAUUUCUGAGAUCUCUGACCUUCCCGCUGUCCAGCAGCAGUUUUUGUCUGCUCUCAGAAGUACAGUUUCAUUUGUGACGCCGGUGAAACCUACAGUCAUAGCUGACAGAAGAAUGAUCAGGAGGGAUGUAGUGUUCCUUUUGGAUGGUUCAGAUGGCACUAGGGACUCUUUCCCUGCAAUGCGUGACUUUGUGCAAAGAAUGGUGGACAGGUUGAACGUGUCAGACGGGAGAGACCGUGUGUCGGUAGUCCAGUUCAGCAGAGAUCCAGAGGCCCAUUUCUAUCUUAACACGUACACAACAAAGGAGAGCGUUCUCAACACUGUUAGAGGUCUACGGCACAGAGGGGGGCGACCCCUCAAUACAGGAGCAGCUCUCCAGUAUGUGAGGGACAACGUCUUCACUGCCUCUUCCGGAAGCAGACGUCAAGAGGGUGUGCCUCAGUUACUGAUUUUGUUGAGUGGCGGAAGGUCGUUUGAUAACGUUGACAUGCCAGCCUCUUCCCUGAAGGAGCUUGGAGUCUUGACCUUUGCUGUAGGAUCACGGGGCUCCGAUAGUAGAGAAUUGCAGAAGAUCUCACAUGACCCUAGUUCUGCACUCUCAGUGACAGACUUUGCUAAUCUCCCCAGUGUCCAAGAGCAGCUUUUCUCCAGAAUUAAAACCGUACACGUAGAGACCACAACUGUCUCUCCAACACUGAUAGUUGAGCCUGAAGCACAAAGGAGAGAUGUUGUUUUCCUGCUGGAUGGGUCAGAUGGCACUCGCAGUGGGUUCCCUGCGAUGAAGGACUUUGUGCUAAGAGUGAUGGAGAAGUUGAAUGUGGCUGAGAACAAAGACCGUGUUUCUGUAGUCCAGUUCAGCAGAGAUCCUGAGACACAUUUCUAUCUAAACACGUACACAAGAAAGGAUGACAUAGUUGACACGGUUAGUGUUCUGAGGCACAAAGGAGGAAGGCCCCUGAACACCGGGGCGGCUCUCCAGUACGUCAGAGACAAUGUCUUCACUGCCUCCUCCGGCAGCAGACGACUAGAGGGUGUGCCACAAAUACUGAUCCUUCUGAGUGGCGGAAGGUCAUUUGACAAUGUUGAUGUCCCGGCCUCUGCUCUGAAGGAUCUGGGGGUCUUGAUAUUCACAAUAGGAUCACGAGGCUCUGACAGCAGAGAACUGCAGAGGAUUUCACAUGACCCUAAAUACGCUCUGUCUGUGUCCGAUUUCACUGAGCUCCCAAAUGUCCAGGACCAGCUCGUCAACACUGUAGAGGCUGUUGCCGUUCCCAUCACUCCAGCAUCACCAACUCCCAUCGUUGAUUAUGACAUCACCAGAAAGGAUGUUGUUUUCCUGCUGGAUGGUUCAGAUGGCACUAGAAAUGGAUUCCCAGCCAUGCUUGACUUUGUGCAAAAAGUAGUUGAAAAACUCAACAUAGAGGAGAGCCGGGACCGCGUUUCAGUGGUGCAGUACAGUAGAGAUCCUGAGGUCCAUUUCUAUCUAAAUACUUACUCGGAAGAAACAGACGUCCUCGACACCAUCAAGACGCUAAGCCACAGAGGUGGCAGACCCCUCAACACCGGGUCAGCUCUGCAGUAUGUGAGAGACAAUGUCUUCACUGCCUCUGCUGGCAGUAGAAGUCAACAGGGUGUCCCUCAGAUUCUCAUUUUGCUCAGUGGAUCAAGGUCAAAUGAUAAUGUCGAUACGCCUGCCUCUGCUUUGAAAGAAAGUGGGGUCUUGAUUCUUGGUGUUGGCACCAGGAAUUCGAGCAGAGAGAUUCAGAGAGUUGUCAGUGAUCCUUCCUAUGCUCAGUCUAUUUCUGAGAUCUCUGACCUUCCCGCUGUCCAGCAGCAGUUUUUGUCUGCUCUCAGAAGUACAGUUUCAUUUGUGACGCCGGUGAAACCUACAGUCAUAGCUGACAGAAGAAUGAUCAGGAGGGAUGUAGUGUUCCUUUUGGAUGGUUCAGAUGGCACUAGGGACUCUUUCCCUGCAAUGCGUGACUUUGUGCAAAGAAUGGUGGACAGGUUGAACGUGUCAGACGGGAGAGACCGUGUGUCGGUAGUCCAGUUCAGCAGAGAUCCAGAGGCCCAUUUCUAUCUUAACACGUACACAACAAAGGAGAGCGUUCUCAACACUGUUAGAGGUCUACGGCACAGAGGGGGGCGACCCCUCAAUACAGGAGCAGCUCUCCAGUAUGUGAGGGACAACGUCUUCACUGCCUCUUCCGGAAGCAGACGUCAAGAGGGUGUGCCUCAGUUACUGAUUUUGUUGAGUGGCGGAAGGUCGUUUGAUAACGUUGACAUGCCAGCCUCUUCCCUGAAGGAGCUUGGAGUCUUGACCUUUGCUGUAGGAUCACGGGGCUCCGAUAGUAGAGAAUUGCAGAAGAUCUCACAUGACCCUAGUUCUGCACUCUCAGUGACAGACUUUGCUAAUCUCCCCAGUGUCCAAGAGCAGCUUUUCUCCAGAAUUAAAACCGUACACGUAGAGACCACAACUGUCUCUCCAACACUGAUAGUUGAGCCUGAAGCACAAAGGAGAGAUGUUGUUUUCCUGCUGGAUGGGUCAGAUGGCACUCGCAGUGGGUUCCCUGCGAUGAAGGACUUUGUGCUAAGAGUGAUGGAGAAGUUGAAUGUGGCUGAGAACAAAGACCGUGUUUCUGUAGUCCAGUUCAGCAGAGAUCCUGAGACACAUUUCUAUCUAAACACGUACACAAGAAAGGAUGACAUAGUUGACACGGUUAGUGUUCUGAGGCACAAAGGAGGAAGACCCCUGAACACCGGGGCGGCUCUCCAGUACGUCAGAGACAAUGUCUUCACUGCCUCCUCCGGCAGCAGACGACUAGAGGGUGUGCCACAAAUACUGAUCCUUCUGAGUGGCGGAAGGUCAUUUGACAAUGUUGAUGUCCCGGCCUCUGCUCUGAAGGAUCUGGGGGUCUUGAUAUUCACAAUAGGAUCACGAGGCUCUGACAGCAGAGAACUGCAGAGGAUUUCACAUGACCCUAAAUACGCUCUGUCUGUGUCCGAUUUCACUGAGCUCCCAAAUGUCCAGGACCAGCUCGUCAACACUGUAGAGGCUGUUGCCGUUCCCAUCACUCCAGCAUCACCAACUCCCAUCGUUGAUUAUGACAUCACCAGAAAGGAUGUUGUUUUCCUGCUGGAUGGUUCAGAUGGCACUAGGAAAGGAUUCCCAGCCAUGCUUGACUUUGUACAAAAAGUAGUUGAAAAACUCAACAUAGAGGAGAGCAGGGACCGCGUUUCAGUGGUGCAGUACAGUAGAGAUCCUGAGGUCCAUUUCUAUCUAAAUACUUACUCGGAAGAAACAGACGUCCUCGACACCAUCAAGACGCUAAGCCACAGAGGUGGCAGACCCCUCAACACCGGGUCAGCUCUGCAGUAUGUGAGAGACAAUGUCUUCACUGCCUCUGCUGGCAGUAGAAGUCAACAGGGUGUCCCUCAGAUUCUCAUUUUGCUCAGUGGAUCAAGGUCAAAUGAUAAUGUCGAUACGCCUGCCUCCGCUUUGAAAGAAAGUGGGGUCUUGAUUCUUGGUGUUGGCACCAGGAAUUCGAGCAGAGAGAUUCAGAGAAUUGUCAGUGAUCCUUCCUAUGCUCAGUCUAUUUCUGAGAUCUCUGACCUUCCCGCUGUCCAGCAGCAGUUUUUGUCUGCUCUCAGAAGUACAGUUUCAUUUGUGACGCCGGUGAAACCUACAGUCAUAGCUGACAGAAGAAUGAUCAGGAGGGAUGUAGUGUUCCUUUUGGAUGGUUCAGAUGGCACUAGGGACUCUUUCCCUGCAAUGCGUGACUUUGUGCAAAGAAUGGUGGACAGGUUGAACGUGUCAGACGGGAGAGACCGUGUGUCGGUAGUCCAGUUCAGCAGAGAUCCAGAGGCCCAUUUCUAUCUUAACACGUACACAACAAAGGAGAGCGUUCUCAACACUGUUAGAGGUCUACGGCACAGAGGGGGGCGACCCCUCAAUACAGGAGCAGCUCUCCAGUAUGUGAGGGACAACGUCUUCACUGCCUCUUCCGGAAGCAGACGUCAAGAGGGUGUGCCUCAGUUACUGAUUUUGUUGAGUGGCGGAAGGUCGUUUGAUAACGUUGACAUGCCAGCCUCUUCCCUGAAGGAGCUUGGAGUCUUGACCUUUGCUGUAGGAUCACGGGGCUCCGAUAGUAGAGAAUUGCAGAAGAUCUCACAUGACCCUAGUUCUGCACUCUCAGUGACAGACUUUGCUAAUCUCCCCAGUGUCCAAGAGCAGCUUUUCUCCAGAAUUAAAACCGUACACGUAGAGACCACAACUGUCUCUCCAACACUGAUAGUUGAGCCUGAAGCACAAAGGAGAGAUGUUGUUUUCCUGCUGGAUGGGUCAGAUGGCACUCGCAGUGGGUUCCCUGCGAUGAAGGACUUUGUGCUAAGAGUGAUGGAGAAGUUGAAUGUGGCUGAGAACAAAGACCGUGUUUCUGUAGUCCAGUUCAGCAGAGAUCCUGAGACACAUUUCUAUCUAAACACGUACACAAGAAAGGAUGACAUAGUUGACACGGUUAGUGUUCUGAGGCACAAAGGAGGAAGACCCCUGAACACCGGGGCGGCUCUCCAGUACGUCAGAGACAAUGUCUUCACUGCCUCCUCCGGCAGCAGACGACUAGAGGGUGUGCCACAAAUACUGAUCCUUCUGAGUGGCGGAAGGUCAUUUGACAAUGUUGAUGUCCCGGCCUCUGCUCUGAAGGAUCUGGGGGUCUUGAUAUUCACAAUAGGAUCACGAGGCUCUGACAGCAGAGAACUGCAGAGGAUUUCACAUGACCCUAAAUACGCUCUGUCUGUGUCCGAUUUCACUGAGCUCCCAAAUGUCCAGGACCAGCUCGUCAACACUGUAGAGGCUGUUGCCGUUCCCAUCACUCCAGCAUCACCAACUCCCAUCGUUGAUUAUGACAUCACCAGAAAGGAUGUUGUUUUCCUGCUGGAUGGUUCAGAUGGCACUAGGAAAGGAUUCCCAGCCAUGCUUGACUUUGUGCAAAAAGUAGUUGAAAAACUCAACAUAGAGGAGAGCAGGGACCGCGUUUCAGUGGUGCAGUACAGUAGAGAUCCUGAGGUCCAUUUCUAUCUAAAUACUUACUCGGAAGAGACAGACGUCCUCGACACCAUCAAGACGCUAAGCCACAGAGGUGGCAGACCCCUCAACACCGGGUCAGCUCUGCAGUAUGUGAGAGACAAUGUCUUCACUGCCUCUGCUGGCAGUAGAAGUCAACAGGGUGUCCCUCAGAUUCUCAUUUUGCUCAGUGGAUCAAGGUCAAAUGAUAAUGUCGAUACGCUUGCCUCCGCUUUGAAAGAAAGUGGGGUCUUGAUUCUUGGUGUUGGCACCAGGAAUUCGAGCAGAGAGAUUCAGAGAAUUGUCAGUGAUCCUUCCUAUGCUCAGUCUAUUUCUGAGAUCUCUGACCUUCCCGCUGUCCAGCAGCAGUUUUUGUCUGCUCUCAGAAGUACAGUUUCAUUUGUGACGCCGGUGAAACCUACAGUCAUAGCUGACAGAAGAAUGAUCAGGAGGGAUGUAGUGUUCCUUUUGGAUGGUUCAGAUGGCACUAGGGACUCUUUCCCUGCAAUGCGUGACUUUGUGCAAAGAAUGGUGGACAGGUUGAACGUGUCAGACGGGAGAGACCGUGUGUCGGUAGUCCAGUUCAGCAGAGAUCCAGAGGCCCAUUUCUAUCUUAACACGUACACAACAAAGGAGAGCGUUCUCAACACUGUUAGAGGUCUACGGCACAGAGGGGGGCGACCCCUCAAUACAGGAGCAGCUCUCCAGUAUGUGAGGGACAACGUCUUCACUGCCUCUUCCGGAAGCAGACGUCAAGAGGGUGUGCCUCAGUUACUGAUUUUGUUGAGUGGCGGAAGGUCGUUUGAUAACGUUGACAUGCCAGCCUCUUCCCUGAAGGAGCUUGGAGUCUUGACCUUUGCUGUAGGAUCACGGGGCUCCGAUAGUAGAGAAUUGCAGAAGAUCUCACAUGACCCUAGUUCUGCACUCUCAGUGACAGACUUUGCUAAUCUCCCCAGUGUCCAAGAGCAGCUUUUCUCCAGAAUUAAAACCGUACACGUAGAGACCACAACUGUCUCUCCAACACUGAUAGUUGAGCCUGAAGCACAAAGGAGAGAUGUUGUUUUCCUGCUGGAUGGGUCAGAUGGCACUCGCAGUGGGUUCCCUGCGAUGAAGGACUUUGUGCUAAGAGUGAUGGAGAAGUUGAAUGUGGCUGAGAACAAAGACCGUGUUUCUGUAGUCCAGUUCAGCAGAGAUCCUGAGACACAUUUCUAUCUAAACACGUACACAAGAAAGGAUGACAUAGUUGACACGGUUAGUGUUCUGAGGCACAAAGGAGGAAGGCCCCUGAACACCGGGGCGGCUCUCCAGUACGUCAGAGACAAUGUCUUCACUGCCUCCUCCGGCAGCAGACGACUAGAGGGUGUGCCACAAAUACUGAUCCUUCUGAGUGGCGGAAGGUCAUUUGACAAUGUUGAUGUCCCGGCCUCUGCUCUGAAGGAUCUGGGGGUCUUGAUAUUCACAAUAGGAUCACGAGGCUCUGACAGCAGAGAACUGCAGAGGAUUUCACAUGACCCUAAAUACGCUCUGUCUGUGUCCGAUUUCACUGAGCUCCCAAAUGUCCAGGACCAGCUCGUCAACACUGUAGAGGCUGUUGCCGUUCCCAUCACUCCAGCAUCACCAACUCCCAUCGUUGAUUAUGACAUCACCAGAAAGGAUGUUGUUUUCCUGCUGGAUGGUUCAGAUGGCACUAGGAAAGGAUUCCCAGCCAUGCUUGACUUUGUGCAAAAAGUAGUUGAAAAACUCAACAUAGAGGAGAGCAGGGACCGCGUUUCAGUGGUGCAGUACAGUAGAGAUCCUGAGGUCCAUUUCUAUCUAAAUACUUACUCGGGAGAAACAGACGUCCUCGACACCAUCAAGACGCUAAGCCACAGAGGUGGCAGACCCCUCAACACCGGGUCAGCUCUGCAGUAUGUGAGAGACAAUGUCUUCACUGCCUCUGCUGGCAGUAGAAGUCAACAGGGUGUCCCUCAGAUUCUCAUUUUGCUCAGUGGAUCAAGGUCAAACGAUAAUGUCGAUACGCCUGCCUCCGCUUUGAAAGAAAGUGGGGUCUUGAUUCUUGGUGUUGGCACCAGGAAUUCGAGCAGAGAGAUUCAGAGAAUUGUCAGUGAUCCUUCCUAUGCUCAGUCUAUUUCUGAGAUCUCUGACCUUCCCGCUGUCCAGCAGCAGUUUUUGUCUGCUCUCAGAAGUACAGUUUCAUUUGUGACGCCGGUGAAACCUACAGUCAUAGCUGACAGAAGAAUGAUCAGGAGGGAUGUAGUGUUCCUUUUGGAUGGUUCAGAUGGCACUAGGGACUCUUUCCCUGCAAUGCGUGACUUUGUGCAAAGAAUGGUGGACAGGUUGAACGUGUCAGACGGGAGAGACCGUGUGUCGGUAGUCCAGUUCAGCAGAGAUCCAGAGGCCCAUUUCUAUCUUAACACGUACACAACAAAGGAGAGCGUUCUCAACACUGUUAGAGGUCUACGGCACAGAGGGGGGCGACCCCUCAAUACAGGAGCAGCUCUCCAGUAUGUGAGGGACAACGUCUUCACUGCCUCUUCCGGAAGCAGACGUCAAGAGGGUGUGCCUCAGUUACUGAUUUUGUUGAGUGGCGGAAGGUCGUUUGAUAACGUUGACAUGCCAGCCUCUUCCCUGAAGGAGCUUGGAGUCUUGACCUUUGCUGUAGGAUCACGGGGCUCCGAUAGUAGAGAAUUGCAGAAGAUCUCACAUGACCCUAGUUCUGCACUCUCAGUGACAGACUUUGCUAAUCUCCCCAGUGUCCAAGAGCAGCUUUUCUCCAGAAUUAAAACCGUACACGUAGAGACCACAACUGUCUCUCCAACACUGAUAGUUGAGCCUGAAGCACAAAGGAGAGAUGUUGUUUUCCUGCUGGAUGGGUCAGAUGGCACUCGCAGUGGGUUCCCUGCGAUGAAGGACUUUGUGCUAAGAGUGAUGGAGAAGUUGAAUGUGGCUGAGAACAAAGACCGUGUUUCUGUAGUCCAGUUCAGCAGAGAUCCUGAGACACAUUUCUAUCUAAACACGUACACAAGAAAGGAUGACAUAGUUGACACGGUUAGUGUUCUGAGGCACAAAGGAGGAAGGCCCCUGAACACCGGGGCGGCUCUCCAGUACGUCAGAGACAAUGUCUUCACUGCCUCCUCCGGCAGCAGACGACUAGAGGGUGUGCCACAAAUACUGAUCCUUCUGAGUGGCGGAAGGUCAUUUGACAAUGUUGAUGUCCCGGCCUCUGCUCUGAAGGAUCUGGGGGUCUUGAUAUUCACAAUAGGAUCACGAGGCUCUGACAGCAGAGAACUGCAGAGGAUUUCACAUGACCCUAAAUACGCUCUGUCUGUGUCCGAUUUCACUGAGCUCCCAAAUGUCCAGGACCAGCUCGUCAACACUGUAGAGGCUGUUGCCAUUCCCAUCACUCCAGCAUCACCAACUCCCAUCGUUGAUUAUGACAUCACCAGAAAGGAUGUUGUUUUCCUGCUGGAUGGUUCAGAUGGCACUAGGAAAGGAUUCCCAGCCAUGCUUGACUUUGUGCAAAAAGUAGUUGAAAAACUCAACAUAGAGGAGAGCAGGGACCGCGUUUCAGUGGUGCAGUACAGUAGAGAUCCUGAGGUCCAUUUCUAUCUAAAUACUUACUCGGGAGAAACAGACGUCCUCGACACCAUCAAGACGCUAAGCCACAGAGGUGGCAGACCCCUCAACACCGGGUCAGCUCUGCAGUAUGUGAGAGACAAUGUCUUCACUGCCUCUGCUGGCAGUAGAAGUCAACAGGGUGUCCCUCAGAUUCUCAUUUUGCUCAGUGGAUCAAGGUCAAACGAUAAUGUCGAUACGCCUGCCUCCGCUUUGAAAGAAAGUGGGGUCUUGAUUCUUGGUGUUGGCACCAGGAAUUCGAGCAGAGAGAUUCAGAGAAUUGUCAGUGAUCCUUCCUAUGCUCAGUCUAUUUCUGAGAUCUCUGACCUUCCCGCUGUCCAGCAGCAGUUUUUGUCUGCUCUCAGAAGUACAGUUUCAUUUGUGACGCCGGUGAAACCUACAGUCAUAGCUGACAGAAGAAUGAUCAGGAGGGAUGUAGUGUUCCUUUUGGAUGGUUCAGAUGGCACUAGGGACUCUUUCCCUGCAAUGCGUGACUUUGUGCAAAGAAUGGUGGACAGGUUGAACGUGUCAGACGGGAGAGACCGUGUGUCGGUAGUCCAGUUCAGCAGAGAUCCAGAGGCCCAUUUCUAUCUUAACACGUACACAACAAAGGAGAGCGUUCUCAACACUGUUAGAGGUCUACGGCACAGAGGGGGGCGACCCCUCAAUACAGGAGCAGCUCUCCAGUAUGUGAGGGACAACGUCUUCACUGCCUCUUCCGGAAGCAGACGUCAAGAGGGUGUGCCUCAGUUACUGAUUUUGUUGAGUGGCGGAAGGUCGUUUGAUAACGUUGACAUGCCAGCCUCUUCCCUGAAGGAGCUUGGAGUCUUGACCUUUGCUGUAGGAUCACGGGGCUCCGAUAGUAGAGAAUUGCAGAAGAUCUCACAUGACCCUAGUUCUGCACUCUCAGUGACAGACUUUGCUAAUCUCCCCAGUGUCCAAGAGCAGCUUUUCUCCAGAAUUAAAACCGUACACGUAGAGACCACAACUGUCUCUCCAACACUGAUAGUUGAGCCUGAAGCACAAAGGAGAGAUGUUGUUUUCCUGCUGGAUGGGUCAGAUGGCACUCGCAGUGGGUUCCCUGCGAUGAAGGACUUUGUGCUAAGAGUGAUGGAGAAGUUGAAUGUGGCUGAGAACAAAGACCGUGUUUCUGUAGUCCAGUUCAGCAGAGAUCCUGAGACACAUUUCUAUCUAAACACGUACACAAGAAAGGAUGACAUAGUUGACACGGUUAGUGAUCUGAGGCACAAAGGAGGAAGACCCCUGAACACCGGGGCGGCUCUCCAGUACGUCAGAGACAAUGUCUUCACUGCCUCCUCCGGCAGCAGACGACUAGAGGGUGUGCCACAAAUACUGAUCCUUCUGAGUGGCGGAAGGUCAUUUGACAAUGUUGAUGUCCCGGCCUCUGCUCUGAAGGAUCUGGGGGUCUUGAUAUUCACAAUAGGAUCACGAGGCUCUGACAGCAGAGAACUGCAGAGGAUUUCACAUGACCCUAAAUACGCUCUGUCUGUGUCCGAUUUCACUGAGCUCCCAAAUGUCCAGGACCAGCUCGUCAACACUGUAGAGGCUGUUGCCAUUCCCAUCACUCCAGCAUCACCAACUCCCAUCGUUGAUUAUGACAUCACCAGAAAGGAUGUUGUUUUCCUGCUGGAUGGUUCAGAUGGCACUAGGAAAGGAUUCCCAGCCAUGCUUGACUUUGUACAAAAAGUAGUUGAAAAACUCAGCAUAGAGGAGAGCAGGGACCGCGUUUCAGUGGUGCAGUACAGUAGAGAUCCUGAGGUCCAUUUCUAUCUAAAUACUUACUCGGGAGAAACAGACGUCCUCGACACCAUCGAGACGCUAAGCCACAGAGGUGGCAGACCCCUCAACACCGGGUCAGCUCUGCAGUAUGUGAGAGACAAUGUCUUCACUGCCUCUGCUGGCAGUAGAAGUCAACAGGGUGUCCCUCAGAUUCUCAUUUUGCUCAGUGGAUCAAGGUCAAACGAUAAUGUCGAUACGCCUGCCUCCGCUUUGAAAGAAAGUGGGGUCUUGAUUCUUGGUGUUGGCACCAGGAAUUCGAGCAGAGAGAUUCAGAGAGUUGUCAGUGAUCCUUCCUAUGCUCAGUCUAUUUCUGAGAUCUCUGACCUUCCCGCUGUCCAGCAGCAGUUUUUGUCUGCUCUCAGAAGUACAGUUUCAUUUGUGACGCCGGUGAAACCUACAGUCAUAGCUGACAGAAGAAUGAUCAGGAGGGAUGUAGUGUUCCUUUUGGAUGGUUCAGAUGGCACUAGGAAAGGAUUCCCAGCCAUGCUUGACUUUGUACAAAAAGUAGUUGAAAAACUCAGCAUAGAGGAGAGCAGGGACCGCGUUUCAGUGGUGCAGUACAGUAGAGAUCCUGAGGUCCAUUUCUAUCUAAAUACUUACUCGGAAGAGACAGACGUCCUCGACACCAUCAAGACGCUAAGGCACAGAGGUGGCAGACCCCUCAACACUGGGUCAGCUCUGCAGUAUGUGAGAGACAAUGUCUUCACUGCCUCUGCUGGCAGUAGAAGUCAACAGGGUGUCCCUCAGAUUCUCAUUUUGAUCAGUGGAUCAAGGUCAAAUGAUAAUGUCGAUACGCCUGCCUCUGCUUUGAAAGAAAGUGGGGUCUUGAUUCUUGGUGUUGGCACCAGGAAUUCGAGCAGAGAGAUUCAGAGAGUUGUCAGUGAUCCUUCCUAUGCUCAGUCUAUUUCUGAGAUCUCUGACCUUCCCGCUGUCCAGCAGCAGUUUUUGUCUGCUCUCAGAAGUACAGUUUCAUUUGUGACGCCGGUGAAACCUACAGUCAUAGCAGAGUCCCAGGGUCCUAAGAAGGAUAUUGUCUUUGUGAUUGAUGGAUCUGACGGUGUUGGGAGAGAGUUCCCCAUCAUCCAGGAGUUUGUUCGCAGAGUUGUGGAGAACCUAAAUGUUGGCGAAAACAAGAUCCGUGUAGGCGUAGUGCAGUAUGGAGACACUCCACGUCCAGAUAUAUACCUCAACUCACACAAGACCAAAGAAGGUGUUCUAACUGCUAUCAAAGAACUCAGGCAACAAGGGGGAAGACAGCGCAAUCUCGGAGCAACCAUGACUUUUGUCAUUCGUGAAGUCCUGGAUUCAAGACGUGGUGGCAGGAAACAGGAGGGUGUCCCACAGUUCCUGGUAGUAAUCUCAGGAGGAAGAGCAACAGAUAAUAUAAGAACACCAGCAAAUACUCUGAAACAGACAGGAAUUGUGCCUUUUAGUAUUGGAACACGGGAUGUUGAUCCUCGAGAGCUGCAGGUGAUCUCCUAUGUUCCCAAUUUUGCCUACACCGUGGAUGAUUUGCCUGGCCUUUACACUGUCCAAGACGAACUUAUCACCACAGUAACAGAGUUGUCAAAUGAAGAACUGGCCAGAUUGCAACCUGUUUACCCCACUGUGCCAGUAGUACCACCACCAUCAACUGGAGAAAAGAAGGACGUUGUCUUCCUUGUUGAUGGAACAACUACGAUGCGCAGUGAAUUCCCAGCUAUACGAGACAUGAUUCAGAGGGUUGUGGAGAAGCUAGAUGUUGGUUUAGACAAGGUGAGAGUUUCAGUGGUGCAAUACAGUGAAGAUCCCAAACGGGAGUUCCUCCUCAAUGAGCACUCUACCAGAGAAGAGGUUCUCCAGGCAGUGAGAAGAAUGAGAAGCAAAGGUGGCAAAGUACUGAACACUGGCCAAGCACUGAACUGGGUCUCAAAGAACAUCUACCAGAGAUCAGCUGGCAGCCGAAUCGAAGAGCGGGUACCCCAGUUUCUCAUCCUGGUGACUGGAGGAAAGUCACAUGAUGAUGUAUCUGAGCCUGCCAAACAACUCAAGUUGAAUUUUGUGGCUCCUUUGGCAGUUGGAUCAAAGAAUGCAGAUUCAGAGGAGCUGAAAUUGAUUUCUCUGGGUUCAGAGCAUGCCUACACAAUUAGAGACUUCCAGCAGCUGCCAUUAGUAGAGCAGCAGCUUUUGGCUACGGUUAACACUAUGAAUUCUGAAGAAAUCAUCAGACGUGCAUCUACUGUGGAUACAGGCCUUAAUCUUGGAAAAAAAGACAUUAUCUUCCUUGUUGAUGGAUCUGACAAUGUUGGACAAAAUGGAAUUGCACACAUCCGUGACUUCAUCGUGAAGAUUGUCCAGCAGCUCAGUGUGCGGCCUGAUCAAGUGCGCGUGGCUUUGGUACAGUAUGCAGAGAGACCCAAGACUGAGUUUUCACUCAUCGCUCAUGACAACAAGCAGUCAGUUGUUUCAGCUGUCAAGAGACUGCGUCAUAUGGGUGGCCGUGGCGCAAACCUAGCUGAGGCUAUUGAGUAUGUGAUUAGAAAUGAGUUGAAGGCAUCUGCAGGGGCUCGAGGUUCAGAGGCCUCUCAGCAUUUGGUGGUGCUCACUGGUGGAAGGUCCACCUCUGAUGUCUCUGCGUAUGGCCCACUUCUCAAAAGCGCUGACGUGAACUGUAUAGGAAUUGGCGCUGGGGCAGCAGAUUCAAGGCAACUCAGACAGAUUGCAACCACACCAGAUGAUGUUCUACAAGUACCUACCUUUCCUGCACUUCCAAGCAUUCAGGAUCCAUUCAUUGCCAGACUCAAUGGAUCAAUGCCAGUAGAACCUCCCGUUGUUGAGUCCCCCCCAAGCCUUCCUCCAGAGGCUAAGAUUGCAGACAUUGUCUUUUUGGUUGAUGGUUCAAUAAACCUUGGCAGGGGUAAUUUCAAAGAGGUCAUGGAGUUUAUCAUCAACCUCAUCGACCUCUUCUUCACAGAGAAAGACAAACUUCGAAUUGGUCUGGCGAGCUAUGCCGCAGAUGUGACCGAUGUUUUCUAUCUCAAUACACAUGACAAUAAGGACGACAUCAUCACUGCCAUUGGCAAGGCAGAAUACAAAGGUGGCAGGGGGGUUAACACUGGCAAUGCCAUUAAGCACGUUCAGCAAGCACACUUUGUGAAAGACAGAGGUAGUCGGAAGGAUGAAGGUGUCCCUCAGAUCCUGAUGUUGGUCACUGGUGGACGUUCUCAAGAUGAUGGUAAAGCAGCAGCACUGGGCCUUAAAGCCACAGGUGUGCGCAUAUAUGCCAUUGGUGUUGGUGAUAUUGAGGAUGAGCUUAAUGACUUAGGCAGUGAGCCAACAACAGUGGCCCGGGCCAGCAACGUCCAAGAGCUUUCUGAGUUAAAUGAGCAGAUUUUGGAAACACUUGAUGAUGAAAUCACGGGAAAAUUGUGUGUAGGAGGGACUGAGCCUGCAAAGGUUUGCAACUUGGAUGUCCUUGUGGGCUUCGACGUAUCUUCGCAGAACAUCUUUGCGGCUCAGAGAUCAUUGGAGUCCAAGAUGUCUGCAAUUCUCCAGCGAAUUACCCAGAUGCAGGCCAUCAGCUGCUCUCCUAGUCAAGCCCCAUCAAUACAAGUAGGCAUAUUGGCAAUGGACUCUGCCUCUGAGCCUGUUCAGCUGGACUUCACUGGCAGCCACACCCCGCUCAUGGAGUCCUUCAGGGCCCUGCGCAGCCGUGGACCCUUCGUCUUGAAUGGCAAAACCAUUGAUGCAUAUAUUGCAAGAUUCAGGAACCAACCUUCAGGCAGAGUAAAGGUUGUAAUCCACCUCACUGAUGGACUAGAUGCCCAGUAUAACAUCAUGAAAGAGCGAGUUGAACAGAUGCGGACUGCAGGCAUCAAUGCCUUCAUCUUGGUUGCUCUGGAGAGGGUACCACGGUUUGAGGACGCAGUAUUACUGGAAUUUGGGCGGGGUUUUAGGUACACACGACCUCUGCGUGUCAACCUAAUGGACUUGGACUAUGAACUGCUGGAGGAACUGGACAACAUUGCCGAACGAGAGUGCUGCUCUGUGCCUUGCAAGUGCACUGGCCAGAGAGGAGACAGAGGAUCAGUCGGUCGUCCUGGACCAAAGGGACUACCAGGCGGCCAGGGCUACAGAGGACAUCCUGGUGAUGAAGGUGGACCUGGAGAAAGAGGUCCUCCAGGUGUGAAUGGGACUCAAGGUUUCCAAGGAUGCCCAGGACCAAGGGGUGUAAAGGGUGCACGAGGAUACAAUGGUGAAAAGGGAGAGACUGGAGAAAUUGGUCUGGAUGGCAUCAACGGGGAGGAGGGCACAAGUGGAGUUGCUGGCCCACCAGGAGACAGAGGCAACCCUGGCCGGAGGGGUCCUAAAGGUGCCAAAGGCCAGGCAGGAGACGUGGGCCAGACUGGUAUCCGUGGAGAUCCAGGCACAACAGGACAAGACAACAAUCAGAGGGGGCCAAAGGGAGAUCCAGGAGAUGCUGGACCACCGGGAGAGCCUGGUGAGGACGGUAGGAGAGGAGAGGCAGGAGAACCAGGUAGACAGGGUGCUGAUGGUAGGAGAGGACCACCUGGACAAGCUGGUCCUCCUGGAAGGCCUGGUGAAAACGGUCUCCCAGGACAACCUGGAAUUGGAGGGUCUCGGGGUCCCAGUGGACCAAUUGGAACACCAGGAACCAGGGGAGAGGAUGGUAACCCUGGCCCGAGAGGCGCUGGAGGAGCCCAAGGGACUUCUGGAGAGAAGGGCAGACGAGGGCCUGUUGGUCGCAAGGGUGAACCCGGUGACCCGGGACCAAAAGGCGCUGUGGGACCACUGGGACCCAGAGGAGAACCUGGUGAAGAUGGUCGAGAUGGAUUUGGCAUAUCUGGUCCUAAAGGACGAAGGGGUGAUGAAGGUUUCCCAGGAUAUCCUGGUCCAAAGGGAGCUGCUGGUGAGUCUGGAACCAAGGGAGCACCUGGACCUAAAGGAAACAGUGGACAGAGAGGCGUUGCAGGUGGUAUUGGUGAGCCUGGACAGAAGGGAGAGGUUGGCCAUCCUGGACCUUAUGGCCAGAAAGGACCUAGAGGACCAGGCGUGGUGCCCUCAACACAGUGUGACCUGGUCAAGAAAAUCAGGGAUAACUGUCCUUGCUGUUAUGGUGCUCAGGAGUGCCCUCUCUAUCCCACUGAGCUGGCCUUUGCCCUGGAUGCGUCUAGCGGUGUAUCGCGAGGUGCUUUCAACAAUAUGAGGGACACUGUGCUUCGCCUGGUGCGAAACAUCACCAUCACAGAGAGCAACUGUCCACGAGGAGCUCGAGUGGCCCUGACGCUCUACAACAGCGAGGUGACCACUGAGAUACGCUUUGCGGACGCCUUGAAGAAACGUGCGCUGGUGGAACGUGUAGAAGGCCUGCAGUCCCUGCAGACCAAUAAGCAGCGCAGCCUGGAGACAGCCAUGAACUUCUUGGCACAAAACACCUUCAAGAGGGUGCGCAGUGGCUUCCUGGUGCGAAAGGUGGCUGUGUUCUUUGUGAAUGGCGCUGUUAGGCCUGGGGCAGAGUUCAGCGCUGCUGCAUUGCGCCUCUAUGAUGCUGGAAUUGCGUCUGUCUUCCUCGUAGCCCGCGAGGAUCGUGCACUCAUUAGAGCUCUGCAGCUCAAUAACACUGCUCUGGCCCAAGUUCUGGUCUUACCCCCUUCUGCAAGCAGCGAGUACAACUCAGUUAUCACGAAGAUAAUGAACUGCCACGUCUGCCUAGACUUCUGCGCUCCUGACCAGAUAUGCGACUAUGAGCCACCUAUAAGCAGGGGCAGAAGGGCCUCCACCACUGACCUGGACAUUGACAUGGCCUUCGUCCUUGACAGCUCUGAGAGCACUUGGCCCAAUGUCUUCACAGACAUGAAGCAGUAUAUCUCUCAAGUGGUGGAUAACAUGGAGAUCUCAGCAGAGCCGGCUGCGACCUCACAUCAGGCUAGAGUCGCUUUAGUCCAGCACGCGCCAUAUGAGUACCUGCACAACAGUAGUGGCAUUCCCAUCAGCGUCGCGUUUGGCUUGACUGACCACAAGUCGGCAAAGGACAUCCGAAACUUCCUCAUGGACAAGGUGUACCAGCUGGAAGGUGGCCGUGCUCUGGCAGCUGCCCUGGAGAGCACGGUGGAGCAUGUGUUUGAGAAGGCGCCAUUUCCACGCCACUUGAAGGUGCUGAUGCUGCUGGUGACUGGGCCAGUGGAAGAGCAUGAGGAGAGGCUGGUGAAGGCUGCCAUUGAGGCUAAAUGCAAAGGUUACUUCAUUGUGGUGAUAAGAAUCGGCAAGCAGAUCAGUGCCAGAGAUGCCCGGGUUCUGGCCCAAGUGGCUAGUGAGCCUUCAGAUGUGUUCUACAAGAACGCAGAUGGACCUGCAGGCUUCUACGACAGCCAUCUUCAGAUCUUUGCCCAGCUACUCCCAAAGUACCUCAGCAUGGAGAAUGCCUUCUACAUGUCCCCUAACGUCUCAAAGAACUGCCAGUGGUAUCAGAGCGACCAACCAGGAAAAUUCCCCUUCAGAUCACCACAUUUACACGAGAAGAGCCACAAACAGCAUCAACAGCAGGAGGUUCAUGAACAAAAACAUAAAGAACUAAACACAGAAGACCUGCACCUGGUCAACGUCACCUCCACAGGCUUCACUUUGUCCUGGGUCAGUGAUGAUCCAAAGGCCACCCAUGAGGUCACUGUGACUCACCUGCGAGACCAUAGAGGGGUGCUGCGACUGAACACAACAGACCACCAGUUCACUGUCCAUCAGUUGGAAGCUGCCCAAACCUAUCACGUAGUUGUCAACAGCCGCAACCUUGAAGGACAAGUUACCAGGACCUACAAAGGCAUCGUUACCACAAAAGCAGCAGAGCUCAAAUACGUUCCUGGGAGUGAAGUGACAGGUGUGGUGUCGACUGCACCACUAAGUAAACCAGAAAUUGACCCAUGCUCACAUGACUUUGACAGCGGACUGCCAUGCAAAGACUAUGAGGCUAAGUGGUACUUUGACAAAAAGAACGGAUUCUGUACCCAGUUCUGGUACGGAGGUUGUGGAGGCAAUGAAAAUAGGUUUGAGACCGAGGCACAGUGCCUCAGACGCUGCAAGAAUACAGUUUUGGAGCCGCAGCCACUGCAGAGUGACAAGGUCAAAUUAGAGGUCCAUUCUGCUCCAGGAGUGGACAUAUGUAAGCUGCCCAAACAGGAAGGCGCCUGCGCCAAGUUUGUACUGAAAUGGUUCUACGACUCCAUCAGUAACAGCUGCACUCGCUUCUGGUACGGAGGCUGCGGCGGCAACCAGAACCGCUUUGAAACACAGGAGGAGUGUGAGAAGGCGUGUGGAAAAGCAGCACAUGUUAAACAAGCACCUGUCAUUGCUGCAAUGAGAACAUAGAACUACACUGAUGAAGAUUCAAGAUUCACCUCUGCUCAGAG